AUGAGUUCACCUAAGGUUCUUCUCACAGGUGCCACAGGAUACAUCGGCGGUUCGGUCCUGACAACCCUGUUGGCGUCUGAAAAUCCCGCCAUCAAGGCUGCACAAAUUACAGCUUUGGUUCGGAAGCAAGAGCAGGUUAAUCUUUUGAAAGAGAAGGGUAUUGACUCGACUCUGUUCAGUGGAUUGGAUGACAUUUCCAGCGUCAAAGAUAUUGCUAGCCAGUAUGACGUGGUCAUUCACACUGCUAGUUCAUUCGACACCCCAGCCGCUCAGGCACUGAUUGCGGGUCUAGAGGACCGCAAAAAGCAGACUGGAAAGCAGACAUCCCUGAUACAUACGAGUGGCACGUCAAGCCUCGGCGACCAGCCUAUCAGGGGUACUUUCACGGAGAAGCGUGUUUUCUCGGAUAAGGAUGACAUCUACACCUAUGAGCGUUACCGCGAAGAUCUGGAGCCCUACCCACAGCGCACGACCGAUUUGGUCGUUUUCGAGAAGGGCGAGGCGGCAGGUGUCAAGACCUAUAUCGUGACUGCCCCUACCAUCUACGGGAUAGGCAACGGAUUAUUCAAUCGCACAUCAAUUCAGAUUGACGCUGUGAUCCGCGCGGCUAAACUUGAUGGCUACGCGGUUCGCGUUGGGUCCGGCAGCGAAGAGUGGGAUCACGUUCAUAUUGCCGACUUGGUCAAGUUGUACGAGACCAUUCUCGCUCGCGUGCUCGCAGGUGAUGACCUGCCAUCCAACAAGAAUGGUGUCUAUUUCGCCGAGACUGGGCAUCACUCCUGGGGAGAGCUGUCAGACCGAGUUGCGAAGGCGGGUAAAGCUUUGGGAUACAUACAAUCUGACGUCGUGCGCGAGGUAGGCCUCAAGGAUGGCAGUGCCAAGCUUCAUGUUCCCGAGUUGGUGGUAGAGCUGGGUUUUGCAUCCCGAUCCCGAACGCAGGCUGAGAAGGCUCGUGAGAUAGGAUGGGCUCCCACUAAGACGAGGCAGGAUUUUGAGGAUAGUUUCCUUGAGGAGUGGAAAUUCCUCGCCAAGGCGGCGUAG